CCCACCCCUGGGCAAGGUGGCUUACUCUGGUCGGUUACAACGGAGGAGUGUGCACCUGCCACCCGUCAAGCUCAGCCAGACUGUAAGAAGAGGCAAGGUGGAGCAAGCAGAGAGAGUCAGUGAACCAUGGACAAAUUGAAGUGCCCGAGUUUCUUCAGGUGCAAGGAAAAGGAGAAAGUGGAGCCUCUACAGGAAGAGCUGCCCGACAACCAACCAGCCAACAAACCAGCAGACCAACCCACCCACCAACCAGUCAACCAAUCCACCCACCCACCAGCUGACCAACCCACCCACCAACCAGCCGACCAACACGCUGAUCAACAAGCUGACCAACCUGCUGACCAAAAUGAUGAAAAUGAUGAGAAUUCAGUGCGUGGUAACUGGUCACGAAAAUCAGAUUAUCUUCUGUCUAUGAUUGGAUAUGCAGUGGGGCUGGGAAAUGUCUGGCGGUUUCCAUAUCUGACUUACAGCAAUGGUGGAGGUGCAUUUCUAAUACCAUAUACGAUUAUGCUGAUUUUUGCUGGAUUACCUCUGUUUUUUCUGGAAUGUUCAUUGGGUCAGUUUGUGAGUCAGGGGCCUGUGAUGGUGUGGCGGAGUGUGCCGUUGUUGCAGGGCAUUGGAAUCACAAUGGUUCUAAUAUCGGUCUUUGUCUCAAUAUAUUAUAAUGUCAUAAUUGCAUACAGCAUUUACUAUCUGUUUGCUUCAUUACAAUCUUCACUGCCCUGGAAAUUCUGCUCGCCCCCUUGGGCAGAUGAAAACUGCAGCUCAACACCCAUAGUCACCCACUGUGAUGUAAUAAUGGGGACAGGAGAGAUUACCCAAGUGAAUAGGAGCUACAUAUAUGCCAACAAUUUAACGUGUAUUAAUGGCACUCACAUUUACCAGCCAGGACAACUUCCGAGCGAACAAUAUUGGAACAAAGUGGCGCUUCAGCGAUCAAGUGGAAUAGACGAGACUGGACACAUUGUAUGGUAUUUAGCACUGUGCCUCUUGCUGGCCUGGAUCAUUGUAGGAGCUUCUGUAAUGAAAGGAAUAAAGACUUCUGGAAAGGUGGUAUAUUUUACAGCCCUUUUUCCUUAUGUCGUUUUAACCAUUCUUUUAAUACGAGGUAUAACUCUAGAAGGAGCCUCAAAAGGACUUGCAUACUACAUCGGAGCAGAAUCUGACUUCAGUAAGCUUUUGGAAGCAGAGGUUUGGAAAGAUGCUGCCACUCAAAUAUUUUACUCGCUUUCAGUCGCAUGGGGUGGCUUAGUCGCAUUGUCAUCCUACAAUAAGUUUAAUAACAACUGCUUUUCUGAUGCGAUUGUAGUUUGUGUAGCAAACUGUCUCACUAGCGUCUUUGCUGGAUUUGCUAUUUUUUCUAUAUUAGGACAUAUGGCGCACAUAACAGGGCAGGAGGUCUCACAGGUUGUAAAAUCAGGCUUUGAUUUAGCAUUCAUUGCCUAUCCAGAAGCUCUAGCCAAAAUUCCAGGAGCUCAAUUUUGGUCCGUAUUAUUUUUCAUCAUGCUUUUAACUUUGGGUCUUGAUUCCCAGUUUGCCACCAUCGAAACAAUCACAACAACAAUUUCCGACCUGUUCCCCUCGUUAAUGAGGAAGUGGAGAGUGCCCACAACACUAGGAUGUUGCCUGGCUCUUUUCUUGUGUGGUCUCACCUGCGUGACUGAGGCCGGAAAUUACUGGGUGCUGCUUCUGGAUCAUUUCUGUGCUGGGUGGGGAAUUUUGGUAGCGGCAAUACUGGAAAUAGGAGGAAUCAUCUGGAUUUAUGGAGGCAACAGAUUCAUUAGUGAUAUAGAAAUGAUGAUUGGACAACAGUCGAGGGGAUUCUGGUUAUGGUGGAAAUUUUGCUGGUUUGUCAUUACACCUGUCCUGUUAUCUAUAAUCUUAAUCUGGUCAUUGGUCAAAUUUCGUAAGCCCGAGUAUGCUGGAAUUCCAUUCCCUGCCUGGGCUAAUGGCAUUGGAUGGAUCAUGAUUGUCUUUUGUGUCAGUUGGAUUCCAGUUAUGGCUAUCAUAAAAAUAGUUCUGGCCCGAGGAACUAUCUAUCAACGCUUUGUAAGCUCCCUUAGGCCAGCUUCUAACUGGGGGCCAUAUCUUGAACGACAUCGUCAGGGAAGGUAUCAAGGAAUGGUAGAGCUUACUGCACAGCCUGGCCCUGAAACAACUGUUGUGCCUGUUCGGAGAACGCUGACUGAAACAAAAUUUUGAAAAUAUGUGGGUGCUGUAUAGUGUGAUUGUUUAGAAUAGUGGAAAGUUUUAUUUAUUUGUAUGUUGAAUAGAAAAAUGAACAUUCUAUGUUCACCAUAUGACAAAUGUUUUUCCCACUUAAGCAGGAAUGUAAUAUCAAAUGUGAAUUUAUUAAUGUUUAGCAAUGUUACUAUAUAUCUUUUAAGAUUAGUUACUUGUCUAAUAUACACAUAACUAUUUCACAAUGAAAUUUUAAAAUAAAUAUUACCACAAUGUUUCUUCUGAUACAUUGAAAGCUUUGAGCUGAUUACUUAGAAAAUAGUUUUUUAUUAUGCAAAUUUUAAAAUAUUAUGAUUCCUUUUUCUUUUUUUAAUUUUAAAGAUAAA